AUGUCCCGCAUCCUCGCCCCCGGAAGGCCCUCAACCGUUCUAUUGCCCGUGCUUUUGCGCAAAGCCAUCGUCCCAUUUGAACCCGUUGCGCCGCCACCCCUUCACUACGAACAAGGCGCGUCCAUUGCAGAAAAUCGCCCCAUGCCUCGCCAUAAUCUGGGGAAGGGUUCGCCGGCAUGGGAAAAACUUUUCCCGGCAUGCGGUCGCCAAUUGGUUGGGCGAUACCCCCCUCAAAUAAUCCAUUAUUCCUUCAAAAGUGCGAUUCACUCCUCUGGCCUGACGCCGCCGUUCCUUGCUGGCAGCCGGGGCCCCUGUGUUCCCCUGAAAUCCCAAUUUUAG